ACGUAGGUCCAGUAAACCUCAGCUGGUCUCCAUCGCACUCGAAUACUGCCCCCACUCCCACGGAGCCCCAAUCCCCCAUAGUCACUUUCCCUCCCAAUUUCCUCCUUUUUAUCUUGAAUUUCAUAAAAGGCUGGAACAAGAGGUGAAAUUCACAUUUUUUAACGAAAAGGAUAUGAAAAUGGAAAAUGAAUCCCAAAAUUCCCUCAUCCAAGUUAAAGGAAUUCCCACCCAUGGCGGAAAAUACAAUCGGUACAACAUACUCGGCAAUCUCUUUGAAAUCCCCUCCAAAUACAUCCCUCCCGUUAGCCCCGUUGGUCGUGGUGCUUAUGGCCUCGUUUGUUGUGCGACGAAUGCUGAAACUAAGGAAGAGGUGGCUAUAAAGAAAAUUGGGAGUGCAUUUGAUAAUAGAAUUGAUGCUAAAAGGACUUUGCGUGAAAUUAAGCUUCUUACUCAUAUGGAUCAUGAGAAUAUUAUUAAAAUAAAAGAUAUUAUACGGCCACCAGAGAAAGAGAAAUUCAAUGAUGUGUAUAUUGUGUAUGAAUUGAUGGAUACGGAUCUACAUCAGAUUAUACAGUCAUCUCAGGAACUCAGUGAGGAUCACUGCCAAUAUUUCCUUUAUCAGCUACUGCGGGGACUAAAAUACAUACAUUCUGCUAAUGUUCUGCAUCGAGAUCUGAAACCCAGCAAUCUGCUUCUAGAUGCAAACUGUGAUCUCAAGAUAUGUGACUUUGGGCUUGCAAGAAGUACCUCAGAGACAGAUUUCAUGACAGAGUAUGUUGUAACUCGAUGGUAUCGAGCUCCUGAGUUAUUACUUAAUUGUUCAGAAUAUACUGCGGCAAUAGAUAUUUGGUCGGUUGGUUGCAUCUUAAUGGAGAUUAUUAAAAGAGAUACUCUUUUUCCGGGGAAAGACUAUGUUCAUCAAUUGGGGCUUAUAACUGAGCUAUUAGGAUCACCAGAUGAUUCUGAUCUUGGAUUUCUAAGAAGUGACAAUGCUCGUAGGUAUGUCACGCAGCUUCCUCAAUUUCCCAAGCAGCCCUUCUCCCAAAAAUUUCCGGAUAUAUCCCCAGUAGCUAUCGAUCUUGCAGAGAAAAUGCUUGUGUUUGAUCCAGCAAAACGUAUUACUGUUGAAGAAGCACUGAACCAUCCUUUUUUGUCGAGUCUCCAUGAGAUCAAUGAGGAGCCAACUUGUUCAUCUCCUUUCAUGUUUGAUUUUGAACAAUCAAACCUGAGUGAAGACGACAUAAAAGAGUUAAUAUGGAAGGAAUCUCUGAACUUCAACCCGGAGUAAAUUGUGGUAUCUUUGUUUUUCUGCUCUUGUUUGCUUCGUCUAUUCAUUUGAGUACUUGAAUGGGCAAUGUUGGUUUGCCAUUAGUUUGAGUAUGUUGUAUGCCGGGUUUUUAUAAAUUAGAUUGCAAGGGAGAUAUGAGCUUGUAUUGAGCCACUGAAGAGCGUUUCUUUGUCUCCACAAAUCCCGACCCUUUUUUGUUAUAGGUAUCGUCUGUGGAAAUUGGUGGUUGAUAUUUUUAUUGAAUAAUCCGUUGUGCAUUUUCUAAA